GCCGACGACACUUUGUGUUUGUUAUGUGUGUGUGUGUGUGUGUUUGAUUCAUGUUGUUAAUUGGACACAAUAUUUCGAUUUUAAAUAAUCAUCAUCACCAACAACAACAAAGUAAAAUCCUGGCUUACACCAAAAAAAAAAAAAAAAAAAACACAUACGGAUGUUGAUUAAUCUUUGUAUAACUCUCACUCUUUUGAUACAUUUUUUUUUAUUAUUAUUGCAAUAACUUGCUUGUGUUGUUCUCAUAUACAUUUUAGUUAAAUCAACAUUUUUUUUUUGGCCAUUGUCAUCAUCAGCUAUUGUUAUUGUUGUUGUUGUUGUUGUUGUUGUUAGAGGUGUGACGAUUAUAAUACUGGUGGUAGUUUGUUAAUGGUAAAUACCACACCUAGAAAACAUCAUUCAUUAAUUUGGUGUUGAGAUUAUAUUAGUUUUUUUUCUAAUCUUGGAACAUUGAAAGAAGAAAAAAAAAGAAUUUUUAAGUUCACUUUUUUUUAGAGACUCAAUCAACCGAUAAUUGUACAUCAUAAUGGCAUAUUCAAUGCCUGCUAUCGUCAUUGAUAAUGGAACAGGUUAUACAAAAAUGGGUUAUUCCGGUAAUCGUGAACCAAAUUUCAUUAUACCAUCUGCUAUAGCUAUAAAAGAAACAUCAAAACUUGGUGAUCAAGCAUCCAGACGUCUGGCUCGUGGUGUUGAUGAUUUAGAUUUCUAUAUCGGUGAUGAAGCAUUAGAUGCAACAGGAUAUUCAGUAAAGUAUCCAAUUCGUCAUGGAAUCGUCGAAGAUUGGGAUCUAAUGGAACGUUAUUGGGAACAAUGUAUAUUUAGAUAUCUACGUGCUGAACCUGAAGAUCAUUAUUUCUUAUUGACAGAACCACCAUUGAAUACACCAGAGAAUCGUGAAUAUACUGCCGAAAUUAUGUUUGAAACAUUCAAUGUGCCUGGAUUGUAUAUUGCUGUACAAGCUGUACUUGCAUUGGCCGCUUCAUGGACUAAUCGACAAUUAUAUGAACGAACAUUAACUGGAAUAGUUAUCGAUUCCGGUGAUGGUGUUACACAUUGUAUUCCGGUAGCCGAAGGUUACAUCAUUGGAAGCUGUAUCAAACACAUUCCAAUUGCUGGACGAAACAUUACAUAUUUCAUACAGAAUCUGUUAAGAGAACGAGAAUUCGGUAUACCAGCUGAACAAUCAUUAGAAACGGCAAAAGCAAUUAAAGAACGAUUCUGUUAUGUAUGUCCGGAUAUUGCCAAAGAGUUUGAAAAAUAUGAUAAAAAUCAAUCAAAAUGGAUCAAGAAAUAUACGGGCAUCACUGCAAUAACGAAACAACCGUUCGAAGUUGAUGUUGGUUUCGAACGUUUUCUUGGUCCAGAAGUAUUUUUCAAUCCAGAAAUUGCCAAUCCUGAUUUUGUUACUUCAUUAUCGGAUAUUGUCGAUACAUGUAUUCAGAAUUGUCCAAUAGAUGUACGACGACCACUUUACAAGAAUAUUGUAUUGUCCGGUGGUUCAACAAUGUUCAAAGAUUUUGAUCGCCGUCUUCAACGUGAUAUUCAUCGUUUGGUUAAUCAACGAAUGAAAUUAAGUUAUCAAUUAAGUCAAGGCCGUUUAAAUCCGAAACCUAUCGAAGUACAAGUAGUAUCACAUAAUAUGCAACGAUAUGCCGUUUGGUUUGGUGGUUCAAUGCUUGCAUCGACAGAAGAAUUCUAUUCAGUAUGCCAUACAAAAUCACAAUAUGAAGAAUAUGGACCAUCCAUAUGUCGCCAUAAUCCGGUUUUCGACGUGGAUUGCCUGUGGCAAGCAAAAAUACAGCUCUAUGAAAGAUCCAUUUUUACUAUUAAUUAAUUGAUUAUUAAUUUCAAAUUUUUGAAAAAUGGCUCUUACUAUCAAAGAGCUUGGCCACCACUGUUCUAUUCGGAUGUUCCAAUCACACCAUCAAUAUAUAUUUAAACAAAAGAGAGAGAGAGAGAGAGAAAAUUUUGGAAUCAUUUUGUCCAGCAUUAAGCUUUUGUAUUUGUAAAGUGUAUCCUAUUAAUAAAAUCUUCAUUACAUCAAAAUGA